AAAGAUAAAUUGCAGCGGCCAUAUCCAAUGCGUCAUUACGUAUGCAAAUACUAUUAUGGUAAAGGUUGCCAUUGCUAUGACAACCUAACAAAGUGAUCAAAGAAAAUAAACAAAAAAUGUUACUUUCUAGGUCUAACAAUGACAUGGGAACAUGCUGACAAGGGAGAGCCGUAUUAACUGUGCACGCCAAUUUCAGUGAUGGACAAGAGCUAGAAUCUGAAUUUAAUGAAAACUGCGCAGCCACGUUGGCAAAUAACCGUGGUUAUUGCUGGAUAAAACAGCAGUUCCUGAUCAACACAUCCGUGCCAGUUCAAAUAUCACAGUCGUUCUUGACGAGGGUUUCAUUUAAGAAUUCCACGUUCCAAAACUUGCAUAAGUGAGACUUUCUGGCGAUUUGUUCCAUUUUACUCUGUCACAACCUGUGUUUCUCAAUAAGACUUGCGAGAUUGUUCACACGGUCCGAAACCAGUGUGCACGAUGGAGCUGAUCUGCUGGAUGAGUGUUGUUGCCAUCGUGCGUGCGUGUGUUUACGCCGAGGCUUGCCAACCCGCCCAGGAGAGAUUCGGGGGUUCUUGCUAUCAACUCCUGGCCGAGAAAAUGACGUGGGACCAAGGUGAUGCUGCCUGCUCGGAGAUGGGCGCUGGCUUGGCUGUUCCUGACUCCUUGGAGGAACACCAGUUCAUCUGGAAGAUGUUCACCGCAAACGUCACCUUGGGGGAACUUUGGAUCGGCUGUAACGACAGGGAGGAGGAAGGCAAGUGGGUGAAGUCUGGUGAGGGAGGAGAAUGCAACUUCGUCAAUUGGGCACCAGGAGAACCAGUUGUGGGAGACUGUAUGCAACUGUGGCGAGAUCGAAACGGCCUCAUGGAUGACAAUGCCUGUAACAAUCUGAUAUUCGUCAUCUGUGAGAGACCCGUUCCGCUUGCCGUGCCCACGAUGUCCUGCCUGCAAAGCUACGCCGACGCCCGCUCCCCAUCCCACUGCCUCACCGGUCACGUCAUCAAGGAGUUCUUGGCCAAGGGUGUCAUCGCGUGCGGCUCGGCGUGCCGGGGUGAGCCUGGAUGCCGCUCCUUCAAUCUGCGCCGAGGCGGCCCCGGAGAGAUGAUUUGCCAGCUGAAUAGCAUCACCCGUAACGAAGCUGACGGGAAGAACAUACGACUGGACAACGGCUGCAAAUAUUUCGAAUUCUAAAUGCUCAACAUCAUCGGCAAUACGCUCAGCAUGAAGUUUUGGCGUGGGCAUAACUGGGUGUACAUUUUAAAACUCAGUAGAUUGACGGAAUCAUUUUGUCAACAUAAACACUAGGAAGUUGUUCCAAACGGAAGAUGCAGAGCCCUGCGUUGACACUCGCGAAAAGACUUUUUGAUUCCCUGAAACAGGGUCCACGGGCGGAUCCAGUCAUCAGACCCGGGGGCGGGACAAGACAAUAAGCCCAGGAUAACCAGAAAUAUUCCCCGGUCCACAUCAACCACGGAUUUGGAAUACAAAAAAAUGGAAUGGGGGGUCAUAAAACCUGGGAGCGCCGUUCAGUGCGGACGAGACCUAACAAUACGAGCGGGAUGGAGUCGUAUAAAGUUUGUAUUUUUGCAUGUUUUAAAAAACUUGUAAAUAAAAAGGAAGGUAGGAGUUGCGUGAACGAAAUCCUAAACAUUUUGUCGAAAACAGUGCAUGAAAAAAAGAUGAAAAAAAGAGGGAUUGUUCAAAGCAAAGAGAAUGUAUUUUGUAGUGUAUUGUGCCCUGUGACGUCAUGUUGACUGGCAACCGCAGGCAUGCAUCUUUUGCAUUUUUUUUUUGGGGGGGGUCCACAUUAAAGAUUCAUGUCAACACUUUUAAACCAUCAUAUUUCAAGCGACAUACAGUGCUGAGGACAAACGUUUGCUGAAAGUUUGUAUCACGUGACCACAAUCUUAUUUUGUAAUGUCACAUGGUCUAUAUACAGUUUGGUGAAAAUGCAAAAUGGCGUUGGGCUUUUGGGAAUAGCGCCCUCAAAAGUUAAACAAAUUGGUGUCCACUUCUGAAUGUGAGGUAGCAAUGUGAGCGCAGAAAAAUGUGAAAGAUCUGUGCCAAGCUUUUAGAAUGAUUAACUUUUGAAACAAUUGUAAAUACCCUAUUUAGGCAUAUGUGUAUUUUAUACAUGGAGUAAAGAAAAUUAUGCAGUAGAGGCGUGGAACACGCGUAUUGUA